AUUUCAUUAAGAACGUAUUUUUGUUGGUUCUUCUAAUUUUUCAUCACCUUUAAUGAUAUACUUAAAAAUGCCAUAAAGGAAAACGAUUUUUAAUAAGCUACCCAUAUAUAUGUUGCUUAUUGUUAGUGUUUAAUCGUCUUUAUUUAUGUCGGUUACGUUUACUUAAAUUUAUUAUGAAACACUGUCAGUAUUUACUUUGGUUUGCUCACGAGCAUGUGCCUUUUCGAUUACUUGAAAUCGAAUCGAUUGCAUCCGUUCUCAAGAUACCUAUCAAAUGGCUCGAACCGCCAUCUGAUAAACCAUGGUACCUUGUCGAGUUACCUUCAGACAAAGAAGUGCAAAUGAUUUCAGAACGUUCGGUAACUAUGCGACGUGCAAUUCACGUAUGGGCAGAUGAAUUGACCGUGCCGAAUCUUCAUGAAUCAUUAAAACAAAAGUGUUUGAAAGGUAUACUGGAACCGUACCAACUGCAAUCAUUCAAAGUAGACGUGGAUUUAUUUUGUAACUCUCAAACACAACAAGAAAAACUUAAACGAAUAGAGUCUUUUAGUUAUAUGCCUUUUGGAGGACCCGUGAAUCUUAGUAAUCCAGACGUAACAUUUCAAUUUAUUGAAUAUUAUGGUUUGGAUGCGAAUAUAGUGCCUGAACAACCUUUACGUACAUUUUUCGGCCGUGUUGUAGCAGAAAGUGGUCGUACUUUAAUACAUAAGUUGUCAUUGAAAAAACGAAAAUUUAUCGGCAACACUAGCAUGGACCCACAGCUUUCUUUGUUGAUGGCGAACCUAGGAAAAGUUUCUGAUGGGGAUCUAGUACUAGAUCCCUUUGUUGGCAGCGGUUCCCUAUUGGUAGCUGCCGCAACUUUUGGGGGGUAUGUACUUGGAACUGACAUAGAUUUUUUAAUGUUACAUGGACGAACGAGGCCUACCAGAAAGCAAACUAGACAUAUAGCUCGACAGGACGAAAGUGUUAGAGCGAAUAUGGAACAAUAUUCUUGUGCUGAUAAAUACAUUGAUGUGAUUGUAGCCGAUUCGUCUUUACCAUGUUGGCGUGACAAUUUAGAAUUCGAUUGCAUCAUAACUGACCCUCCAUAUGGUAUAAGAGAACCAACCAUAAGAAUAGGUGCAAAAGAUAACUUGCCGGUUUUAAAAAAAGAAGGAACUCCAGUACAUUUCCCGUCUAAAGUAGAAUAUGGCUUGAAUGAGAUCAUAAAAGAUCUUAUGUGCUUUUCGUCUCGUAAAUUGAAACUUAACGGCAGGUUGCUAUUUUGGUUACCGGUUUUCCGAGAGGAGUACGAGGAUGUACAAAUGCCCAAGCAUAGCUGUUUUAAAUCAAUUGGCAACUGUGAACAAGUACUGACAACAUUCACAGCAAGAAGAUUGUUAGUUUAUGAAAAAAUUAAAAGUCCCGAAGAGACUGACGAGUGUAGAUGUACAAUACCUACAGCAAGUACUUUCAGAGAGAAAUACUUUACGCACGGAAAUGAAAAUCGUUUGACUAGAAAACAAAAGAAAGAGCAAGCUGCCAAGAAUAAAGACAUUUGGUUUGCUAAACUAAAGGAAAUGGAAGUGUAAUAGUAAUAUAUCCUUACUACGAUCAUCUACAUCAACCGGAUCAGCAUUACGAAUAUCGGAAUUUGCACACACAAAACGCGCUACAUUUUCGGCAUUACACAUCAAAUGGAUUCCACAAUCGUAACUAUUUUGCUGUUGUCUGGUCGGCAGUGGCGUAAUGAUGUCCACAAUGUCUUUAAAAUAAAAUUUCAAUUUUAACGCUAA